UUGUUUCAGAUGCAGCGACUCGACCUAACUGAGGACGACCUUCAGCGAGAGCACCAGCGACAGGUACAAAAGCGAAGACAAGCAGCCAAAGAUGCAGCAGCAAAUGGCAGAUAAAAUGUUACUUUGGAUGAAUAAUGUUAAUUAUGAUACAAGCUUUUAUACUUGAAUCCAGUUGGUGGACCGAGCUCAUAGUUGUCCCUAGUGUAUGGUAACUCACAAGGUGGACCGAGUUCACAGUUGUCCCUAGUGUAUGGUAACUCACAAGGUGGACCAGAGUUCACAGUUCCCAGUGUAUGGUAACUCACAAGUUGGACCGAGCUCACAGUUGUCCCUAGUGUAUGGUAACUCACAAGGUGGACCAGAGCUCAUAGUUGUUCCCUAGUGUAUGGUAACUCACAAGGUGGACCAGAGCCCAUGUUAUCCCCUAGUUCAUGGCAACUGACAACCAUUGUGGUAUGGUAUUAGUAUGGUGGUGUUAGUUGUUUUCAAUAUUUUUCUCCAUAAAUGUUUUGUAUAAUUGAUUAAGAAUCCACUAUUUACGUGUCAUGAACUCUUACUUCUAGCAUCAGUAAAACAAGUUCAGCACAACCCUUGCAUAUAUAUUUUUUAUGAUUGGAAGGACCAAAGUUUUCUUGUUUUAAUAAAGAAUAUAGAAGUCUUA